UUUUGUUAUUGUUGUGAAGAGGGGGUACGUGGGACAGCUCAUCACUGCGGAUGCGAGUGUAAAUUACAGUUGUCAUCAGUCUUAUAGAUGCGUUUUCUUCCUCACAACCGAACAUCGUUUCUCUGUAUGAAAUUAUUCUGAUCAUCUGAAGUAAAUCGGGUCACUACACAGGUGCCAUGGAGAAGACAUGUGGGGUCGAGUUCAGGAAUGUGGGGAGUUACUAUUUCCCUCAAAGCAGAGUGGACUGCCACUACACCAUCACCCAGCAGCACACAUGGGCCAGUAAUGACUGGAUUGGACUUUUUAAGGUUGGCUGGUCAUCUGUCAAGGACUACCAUACAUUUGUGUGGGCAAUGGCUCCAUCCAGCUACAAAGAAGGGACCUCCGUCAACUGCUGUGUUAAUUUUCAAGCUUCGUAUCUACCAGGGCCCAAUGCCCAGCAGUACCAGUUUGUUUAUGUGGAUGGAAAGGGAGAUAUUUGUGCUGUCAGUACCCCGUUUACCUUCUCGGCCCCGAAGCCUAUGGAAGAGCUGGUGACCCUGCAAGAGGAGGGUCAGGGAGAGGAAGUGGGAGAGGACAUGUUACUGGUUAUCCCGAGAGCCCAGCUACUGCAGAGUCGCCUGCAGGAUUGUUUAAAGGAACGUGCCGACCUUCUCCAAGCCCUGGAGGCAGCAGACCAAAACAUGGCGAGAGAGAGAGACAAGAGCGAGAAAGACAGAAGCUUCUGGGAGCAGAGCCACAAGGAAAUGGAACAAAAGAUCAGCGGCCUAAAGGAGGAAGUGAGGGAAUAUAAAGAAAAAGUGGAAGAAAUGAAGGAAAAGCAGAAGGAAGUUGUGGACAUGGGUGAGGCCCUGGUAGAGGAGAAGAGGGCCCUGCUGGCUCAAAAAGAAGCAAAUGAACAAAGAAUCAGGGAGCUGGAGGAGGACAUUAAAGUUCUGACACAAAGAGGCCUGGAGAGGGAAACCGACCUAGAAAGGAUGAGGGAACGAGCCAAGAAAGCGGCAGUUCAAAAGAAAGAAGAAGAGGACGAGCAGAAAAACCUGAAGAUAAAGAUGGAACAGAUGGAGAAAGAGCUACACAGUUUGUCUGCAGAGUUUCCGAGUCUGAGAAGCACACUGGCUCAGAGAGAUACACACGUCCUACAGCUGAGAGACACCAUCAGCACCCUUACACACAAACUCAACAGUGCGCAUAGGAAGGAGGCAGCCAAUGAAGUGGCCCUAGGGGAGCUCCGGAGCAUUCAGGAUCGUCUGAACGCGAGCGAACGUUGUGUGGAAACUGUGAGGGGUGAACUGAGGGACAUGAUCACUCAGAGGGACACCGCACACGCCGAGCUCCAUCAGGCCCGUCUGCAGGCCGCUCAGCUCACCCUACAAUUCGCAGACGCCAGCUUGGCUUUGAGAGAGGGCCGAGCCAGCUGGGCACAGGAGAAAGAGACACUGCAGAAGAACACAGAGAUGGACAAAAUGCGCCUAGACCUACUAAAUGACGAGAUCCAGCAGAAGGAGGAGAUGUUGCAGGAGGCGAGGAUGGAGAGAGAGAGAGCAGUGGUGGAGCUGGGGCGAGAAAAAGACUGCAAUCGGGUUCAGCUGAGCGAGACUCGUCGUGAACUACAGGAGCUGAAGGCCAGUCUCAGAGUUGCCCAGAAAGAGAAAGAACAGCUACAGACAGAAAUACAGGAAGUGAUGGAGUACAGCCGUCAGCUGGAGAGAAAACUGGAGGUGCUGAGUGAUUCUAAAUGGAGUGAAACGGGCCAACUGCACAACAGCCGUGCAGAAAGCCCUCUGCUGUCUGACUCUGAGGAUGAGAACCCAGAGGCCUUACAAGAUGCACAGUCGUCUGGCCCAUUGAACCACUACAGUCUGUGCGAGCAGCCCCAACCCGACCUGCUGCUACCUGCCACCCCGCCACCCUCUCCCAGACAUCCAUCUAGUGUGGACAUGGUGGUCAUCAGCCAACCUGCCCCCUUCUCAUCUCCUCACACACACAAUCACAGCUCUGAAUCGGAGGACGAGUAUGAGGCUGCCGUGUUGGUUGAACCCAGCUCCGGAGACGAGACGGCUCUUCUCCUGCCUGACAACAGAGAUGCUACCUUCGGAGAUUUGGCGGACAGCCCCCUGUGGUAAGGAGCGGAACUGCAGGAGUGCCACGGUUGCACAUUGUGGACAGCUUUGAUCCACAUGUUACAAGUUUUGUAUUUAGAAGCAUUUGCGCUUUAUUAUCAUACUGACAUGAGUAUUUAAAUAUGCAAUUUGCUUUGUACUUUAUAUCCACUUAGAAUAUGCACAAGCUAUUUGGCAUCUCUCACACGGUUUUACUACAACAUGCACGAAUGUGUUAUUAUAAACAUAUCAACAAGCAAAAGAAGCAUCUGUGUGAAAUAAGAAAGUACCGUGUUUUUGUGUUAUCUGGUUAAAUUUGCUUUACCUGAGUACUGAUAUCUGUCAAAGCAUCAGCAAUAAUCCGGAGCACAAUGUUAUUCACAUCCUUUCAGGCUUUGAAGGUGUAAUUCACCCAAAAUACUGUCAUCAUGUUCUCGCUGUCAAUGUCAUCUCCUGAAUUUAAAUUUAAGUUGCUGUUUAUUGAAAUUCUUACCUGUUUUUGUAACUUUCAAGUCUCAUUUGUGCAAUGAAUAUGCACAUUUAAAGAUGAUGCAUUUAGAUUAAAUUAAUCUGAUUAAAGAUCAGAUUAAAUAAUCGUCUCAUCGCGAUGAUUUCAGAUCACCACAAUGAUUGCACAUCUCUCUAAAUACACAAGGGGGAGCUACAGCGCCUGUAUAAAUUAGACCGUAUCAGAUUACUUUUAAAUAUGUGUUGUGUUAAUAUUUACUGCCAGGUAAACCUUGCAAAAUAUUUAAAUAAUCGCAACAAUGUGUGAAAAUUAUUUCAUUAACAAACAAAAAAAAUUAUGUGAAUUAAAUGUCAAAGAAAUAAAACAGACAAUUAAUCGUCAUAAUCGUCAAAGCACUAAAACAGGCAAUUAAUCGUCACAACCAUCACAAUUAACUGUCAGACAAAUUUCAUAAUCGUGACAGCCCUAGGCAUGACACGUCUUAAGUGUCCCUAAAUUGUGUAUUGCUUCUUGUCAUUUUGAAAAUCUUAAAAUUCUUAUCUAAAAUGAGUUUCAUACAUGACAUUUAUGUUGAAUUAUGUUAAUUAAUUGUAUUUAUGCUGAAACGACAUAAGGAUAAGGAAAUGAUGACAGAAUAUUCUUUAUUUUGGUGAACUAUCCCUUUAAAGUCAAGAUUUAGUUUGGGUCCUCUUUAUUUUGUGGUUCCUGUGCUAGAAGUAUUUAUAACUGUUGUUGAAACAUCACGAAAGUUCACAGGUAAACUCAAUAUGUGCAAUGUGAAACACCAGCUAAUCGGCAACUGACCAUCAUGUUUAGAUGUAAGAGUAGCACUUUUGAUUCCAUCAUCCUAAAAGGAUUCAAAUAAACAAAGUUGUUGUUUAUUUUGGUGGAGGAACUCCACUGUAAACCAAUGAAAAUUAGAUAUUGACUAUUCCAAAUAAUCUCUGCUUUAUACUGGGUGCUUCGUAUAUUUAUGUUAGUUUUGUGCAUUUUACUGAGUCACUGUUUGAUAUAACACAAAAUUCUUGUUUGUUUGUUAAAUAUACUAUAAACAUAAAAUAAUUUAAUUACAACAUUCUUCAUUAUUUUGACACAUUUGGGUUUUAGGAAAGUUUUUACAGUAUAGUAGAAAAGUCAUUUAAUUUUUUUAAUGAUUCGAACUAUGAAUUAAAUUAUUUAAAUUUAAGGAACUCAUGUUGUGUGCGGUUUCAUAAUGAAUGACUCAUCUUAAGGAUUCACUGGGAUCACAUGGACAUUUUUACCUGAGACCAAAUUAUGACUUCAGGUUGGCCUGAUUACUUUUAAAUAGGGAUGCACCGAUACAAAAUUUCCGAUAUUUCAUUACUUAAUGACAUCUACUGAUAGAUACAGAUGGUUUUGCUUUUUACUCCUUGUUUCAAAGUAUCACGUCGUGAAAUCCUAGAAGUACAGAGCAUAAAUGUGUCCUUAGGCACCAAAACCAGUCAUAAGGGUCAUUAACUUUAAUUGAGUUAAGAAUUUUAAUUUAUUCCACCAUCUUUGGAAUAAAUAAGCUUUCAUUGAUGUUUGUUAGGAUAGGACAUUAUUUGACUGAGAUACAACUAUUUGUAAAUCUGGAAUUAAAUAAAGGUGCAAAAAAAUAAAUAUUGAGAAACUCACCUUUACAGUUUCCAAAUAAAGUCCUGAGCAACUGCAUCUACUCACAAAAAUAAAGUUGGGAUAUAUUUACAGUAGAAAAUUUACAAAAUAUCUUUAUGGAACAUGAUCUUUACAUAAUAUCCUAAUGAUUUUGGAAUAAAAAAAAUUAUAAUCUUGACCCAAACGAUGUAUUGUUGGCUAUUGCUACAAAAACACCCGUGUAACUUAAGACUGGUUUUGUGGUCCAGGGUCACAAAUGCAAUUCUGUUUUUAUUCUUACCAAAUAAUUUAUUUAUUAAAUUAAUCAAGUUCUGAUGCGUUUUAACGCCCCCUUUUGGAUUGUCAGAAUAUACUGUAAUCAACCCUUAUUACUGGCUAUGUUUAAACAAUCGUACAUGUCCCAUAGCGAAAAAAAAUUAUAUCAUCUCACGAUGAUAUAUCGGUCCAUGCCUUUUUAAAAAUAAAUAUCAUAAUGAAAAUAUUUUUAAUGCAUAAAUUAAGAAGUGCAAAUAAUGAAGUAUGAAUAUCAAUAUUUAAAACAUUUUCCAAUUGUUUCAGCAAACCUGGCUUUUUUGUUGUUAUUGCUGUUUACUUUAGACUUCUGUUUGAAUAGUUUUAUGAUGUUAUUUGCUUUUUAUACACUUCUUCAGUACUGAAUUUAAGAGUGAUGUCAACGUUAUUACACUUUGAUGAAACAUGCUUUUGUUGUAUUUACUACUGUACUUUAGGUAAGCUGUAUUGUAUGUUUGACUUGGUUUUUCUUAACAAGUUUUAAGUACUGUAAUGCGUCACCAUAGAAAUCUGGAAACAUGUCACCUUUAAGACCCAGUUUAACCAACCAGUAGACACAGCAAAACCACAUUUACCAGUAACACAUAUAUGACAACAAAUAUAUUAAGAUUAGUCAUAUGUAACGAGUAAAGUACUUUUUUUGCAUUGUAUAAGAGUGAUUUAUGAACACGGGUCAUUUCAGGGCAAUACGAGUUUCGUCUUCGCCUUUGAACUUGACUUGAUGUUUGCGUUUGUGCAGUUAUUCUUACAUUCACUUACUUAACAUCUUUUUUUUGUUGUUGUUGUUGAUGCAAUUGUGAGGUUUUGUUCAGGGUGUGGGAUGGGUUUCAGUAAUAAAAUGGUUUAAUGUAACAUU